ACCCGACGCAGGCAUGCAAGAGGUGUUUGGAGCUCACGACCGAACUCACGUCUCUCUCUUAUUUUGUCCGUAAUAUUAUUUUAAUUUUAAUUUUAUUACUAACUUAAAUUCUAAUUCUAAUGAAAAUGACUCUAAACAGUUAACAAACGUCCAAAUUGAAUUCUAAAUUUAAAUUUAAUUUUUUUUUAUAUUUUUUGAAAAUAUAUUGACUAGAUCCAAAUUUUAAAAUAAAAGAAUUUAUAUAUUUUUUUAUAAAAGAUAAUAACUAAUUUAACCAUAAAACGUGACUUAUGGGCACUUUUAUCACUAAAUUUUAAAAACAAGUGGAACAUCUUUGGUUUAUCUACCGACUGUUUGUGAUUGAAUAGGAAGAAAAAAUCAGUAGUUGAUUCGAGUUGAGAGGUCACAACGAAACCGGCGUGUGAUUCGAGCUGUUCGGCGGCGACGUAUUCUCUGGCUCCGAUUGCCGAGUUUCGAAUAUUAUCAUCCAUGGCCGCCACUCUCUCUCUCUUGCCUCCUCAAUCUCUUUCCCUAUCGAGCCACCUCCAUUUCCCUCUCCACUCCACUCCAAUUUCGAAUUCCUGCUUUGCCACUUCUCUCUCCUUCAACUCCAAUUCUUCUAGAAACCCUAGGACCAAUGGCGACGAGAAACCCCAGUUUUCGCGCUCCGACGCGGCUGUUAAGAUGCCCACAGCUCCGUGGAUGAAAGCUCCCCUUCUUCUUCAACCCAGUCAAGUCUUGGACCUCUCCAGGCCGAGAAAGGAGAAGAAAUCCGCUAUCGAUGAAGACGAGAAACGCUACCAGUCGUUGACGGGUAAAGUUAGCGGCGGGAGAGGGAAGAAAGCGAUGAAGAAGAUUUUUGAACGCAUUGAGAAACUUCGAGAAGCUCGUGACUCAGAGGAGGCGGUGAAGAAUCCAGAAGCCCCUGAUUUUGGUUUUUCGUUAGAGGAAUUGGGGGAUGGUGAGAAUUCAGAGGUUGGAGGGAAAAUGCCAUGGGAGGGCGAUGAGAAGGUCGUGUUUCGGAGAACCAAGAAAGAGAAGGUGGCGACGGCUGCUGAAUUGAGCCUUGAUAGGGAGCUUCUUGAGAGGUUGAGGAGUGAGGCUGCAAGAAUGAGGAGUUGGGUCAAGGUUAACAAAGCUGGAGUGACUCAAGCUGUUGUGGACCAGGUUCAUCUGAUUUGGAAGGAUAAUGAGCUUGCCAUGCUGAAAUUCGGUCUGCCAUUGUGCCGGAACAUGGACAGAGCUCGAGAAAUUCUCGAGACCAAGACAGGAGGCUUAGUUGUAUGGAGUAAGAGGGAUGAACUUGUUAUUUAUAGAGGAUGUGGUUAUCAGUUUGGACAGAAAACAUUUUUGAAGAUGAAUUCCAGUUUUGCUGGAGGUCAAGAAACUUCUUCCUUGAAAAUCAGUAAUCAUGAAUUUAAAUAUGACAAUUUUCUUUCUCAAGUAAAAUCAGAUGACAAUACCAUAGAUGAAAAGAUGAGCAUAAAAGAUGGUGAAAUAGAGAUUAUGCCAAUAAAUGGCUCUUUGUAUGAAAGAGAAGCAGAUAGACUAUUGGAUGGCUUGGGACCCCGUUUCAUUGAUUGGUGGAUGCCGAAGCCUUUGCCAGUAGAUGCAGAUUUUCUCCCUGAAGUGGUUCCAGGGUUCAGACCCCCAUUUAGGCGUUGCCCACCUCAUGCCAGUGCAAAGCUGACCGAUGAUGAACUGACAUACUUGAGGAAGCUUGCUCGUGCAUUACCCACUCAUUUUGUCCUUGGAAGAAACAAAAACCUUCAGGGCUUGGCCGCAGCUAUCAUAAAAUUGUGGGAGAAAUGUCAUAUAGUGAAAAUUGCUGUGAAAUGGGGAACUCCAAAUACGGAUGAUGCACAAAUGGCUUAUGAGCUCAGGUAUCUCACAGGGGGAGUUCUGUUGUUGCGUAACAAGUUCUUAAUAAUACUUUAUAGAGGAAAGGACUUUCUUCCUUGUAAAGUUCAAAACCUGGUGGCAGAGAGAGAAAUGGAACUUAAAAAAUGCCAACUUCAGGAGGAAGCUGCACGCCUGAAAGCAAGUGGAACUUUUUAUGCCAUUAAUGAAUGUGUUGUAGAAACUAGCACAAGUGGAACUUUAACAGAAUUUAAGGAUAUUCAAGUAGAAAGUGAACGUGUGAAAAAUGGAAGUAGGGAGAUUGAUAAACAACUGGAAGCUGAAAAGGAAAGACUGGAGAAGCUACUGAGAAAUCAAGAAAGAAAGCUUCGUACUCUUAAUAUGAAGAUAAAGAGGUCAGCAAAAGAGUUGGCAAAACUAAAUUCUGCAUGGAGGCCUGCCGAGCAAGAUGCUGACCAGGAAAUGAUUACUCAAGAAGAGAGAGAAUGCUUUAGGAAAAUCGGACAGAAGAUGGAUAGCAGUUUAGUUCUUGGAAGACGUGGGGUCUUUGAUGGUGUAAUAGAAGGCUUACAUCAGCACUGGAAGCACAGAGAAAUUGCCAAGGUGAUUACAAUGCAGAGAUUGUUUUCCCAGGUUGCCCGUACUGCAAAACAGCUUGAAGCAGAAUCAGGUGGAAUACUUGUUUCUAUAGACAAGCUCAAAGAAGGCCAUGCUAUCAUUCUAUACCGUGGGAAAAACUACAGACGACCUUUAAAUUUGGUGUCCCAGAAUCUUCUGAACAAAAGAGAAGCAUUACACUGGUCUCUUGAAAUGCAGAGAAUUGGAUCGCUGAAGUUUUUUGCCAAUCAGAGGCAGCAAGCAAUCACUGAAUUAAAAUAUAAACUGGCAGAAUUAGAGAAAAGACGAGGAACCAUUUAGAAUGAACCUGACAAUCCAGAUGUAAUGAGCUUAAAGAUCUGUGACACCGUGGAAUUCAGUCUUAUGCCCAUCUGAGGAACAAACAGUGCAAUGGGGAGAGUAGUAAUCUCGCAUGUCAAUGGGCAUCAUAUCUGAUGGGAGGAGUCUGCCUUUGGAACUCAAGAUGUUUGUGGAGGGUUCUUGGAAGGAUACGCAACAACUGUGUGUUUACACAUUCAACUAAGCUAUUACAGUUGGUGUACAGCUAGACAGUUGUGGGGAGAAUUAGAAAAAUGACACAAAGCUAAAACGGAGAAGAUAAGAGUGACGGGAAGAAUUGGUGAAACAAAUUGACUUCAAUGUUGGGCUUCAUAAAAGAGAUGGGUGCCAACGAAGGCAACUUCUGAAAUUAAUUUUACGGUUCACCUCAAGCUCUCACCCUGUUAUGUUAGGCAUUUUCCUCUUUAGCUCAUGCCAUGCAAUAUGUUGGUGUUAUCUUUUUAACUAAGAUACCGCAGAAUAGAUGUUGCAGCGUGGUAUGGGUGUCUCAGAAACGAUGGCUCGUAAAAGAGGAAGAUUGCAGAAUACUCUCCCUUCUGGUCACCUGCGCACCUUUCUUAUUUUUCUUCACGAACUUUGCAAUAAUGACUGGGAAGAGUCCGGUGAUGGCUGGCAAGCUUUUGCAGGAGAGGAUGGUAUGUCCUUUUGCAGAAUUUCCGAAGAUUAUAGUCUCUUGAGGAGCCUCUACUGCUGACUCAUGGACAAUGACCAACUGGAAGAUUUUGUUUUGUGGGAAUUUGCGAAGGGUGAAGGCUGGCUUACAACAUGAUGUCAGACUUGGAGCCUUGACUGCUCGUCAGACAAAUUAACUGGUGUAGUGUUUUCAGACUGGAGUUGGCUUCCAUUGCUCAUCUUAAACUUGCUUCCUCGAUGACUUGCGUUCUUCUAGUUGGCCAUCUUUGACUCUGAAUCGUACCAGACAUGGGGGGAAAACUAAAAUAGUCUUGCAUAAUUUUAUUUGUAGAUUUGAUAAGACUUUUUAAGUUUCUCCUAGGGAGAAGAGUAGUGCUCUGAUAAGAAUUAGUCGUUGUCACAACCCUAUCUAGCGGAAGAAGAUAUGUUGCUUCUCAAGAUCAGAUUCCAGACAUCCAGUUGCAACAAAAUGAUAAUAAGAUAUUAGAAGAGAUUUAAAAAAAAUACUAAAAAGCUAUACCUUCCCGCCCCAAGGUAUGAUCUGUUGCAGCAUUGUGUCUAAAUAGGUUCAAAAAAUAUCGACGACUGCCUCUGUACGACCAUCAUCAUU